AUGACUUCUCAAUAUAAGAAAUUCACUAGACUUUUAGCUAAAUGGCCCGUCGACCCAACUAAAGGCGAAAGAGACCUCGGAAAAUUCAUCAGGGAUAAAAUAAAAGCUGCAUUUGAGUCAUCAGAGAGACAGAACUUAAAUUCGGAGCUCUGUAAAAGUCAGUACAACUCCUUGAACAAAAUAGCCGAAAACCAUUACAGAAAUAAAUACAAACGAACGCACAAUAGCACAGCUACAGGUCUGAGCACUGAAGAGUGCAACCGCCUGAACAGGGCAGUUCUUGCCCGUACACUGUCCACAAAACAAGUCCAAUACAGAGACCAUACACCAGUAAUGUUAAAUGAGUCCAUAAAACACCUAAAUCCACAAAACAAUGACCUUAUUAUUGAUAUGACAUUUGGAGCUGGUGGACAUUCAAGGAAAAUUCUAGAAGCUGCUGACUGUAGGCUUAUAACACUAGACAGAGACCCUGUAGCAUAUGAAAAAGCUCAAAAACUAGCUGAAGAAUAUCCAAAUAGAGUGAUACCAUUAUUAGGAAGAUUCAGUGAGCUCCCAGCUCUUUUAAAAGCCAAAGGUAUAAAGCAGUCUUCUAUAGAUGGUAUGCUCUUUGAUUUUGGAUGUUCAUCAAUGCAAUUAGAUGUAGGUGAGAGAGGGUUUUCUAUCAGUAAAAAUGGUUACUUAGACAUGAGAAUGGAUGCUGGCAGAGACCCAAAUCAAAUAACAGCAAGAGAAGUCUUAGCAACUGCAAAUGAGCAUGAACUGUACAAAAUAUUCAAAAUAUAUGGAGAAGAAAAACAAGCAGCAAAAAUAGCUCAGACCAUUAUACAAGCUAGGUACAUGAUCAAAAAUAUUGAGACCACAGAAGAAUUAGUAGAGCUUGUCAACUCUUGCUGUCCAGAAGAAAAAAGGUUGGACAAACUACAGAGGCCGCAGUCCAAUGCUACAAAAGUGUUCCAAGCUUUACGUAUAUUUGUGAAUAAUGAACUUAACGAAAUGAAUUAUGGAAUGUUGCUAGCUAAAUAUUACUUGAAAAUCAAUGGGAAAUUGGUGACAAUAUGCUUUCACUCAUUAGAAGAUACCAUAGUUAAGCGGCAUAUAGCAGGAAAUAUAAUUAACGAGAUGGCAAAUCCAGUUCCAUUAAAGUACUUGAAUCCAAGCAUAGUGCAGAAUCAGGAUACUAUAGACCAGUUUUUGAAUUCUCCUUGGAAAGCUGUUAACAAGCAUGUAGAGUUUAUGCGGGACGUACGCUAA